AUGAGUAUGUUUCAGAUUGAGUGGGAAAAUCCAGAACGUACCUUUGAUUUGGUACUGAAAGUAAAAUGCCAAGCAUCUGAAAACGAAGAUCCAGUGGUACUGUGGAAGUUCCCGGAGGACUUUGGAGACCAGGAAGUGCUGAAUAGCGUUCCAAAGUUCUGCUUUCCUUUUGACAUUGAAAGGGUGUCCCAAAACCAAGUAGGACAGCAUUUUACCUUCGUGCUCACCGACAUUGAAAGUAAGCAAAGGUUUGGAUUUUGCCGUUUGACAUCAGGAGGCAAGAUCUGCCUCUGUAUUCUAAGUUACUUACCGUGGUUUGAGGUAUACUACAAGCUUCUAAAUACUCUGGCAGAUUAUUUGGCUAAAGAACAGGAAAACGACUCAAAUGAUUUGUUAAAAUCAUUGUAUAGCCAUCCUGUGCCAAAGGCGAACGCUUUAGUCAGUUUAAGUGUGAACCAAGAGAUGAUUUUUGCAAGUGAGCAAGUUUUGAAAAAACAGCCUUGUCUUAUAUCGCACUCGUAUUUCAUUACUCCUGAUAUAACUGGAUUGCCAACAAUCCCUGAAAGCAGAAACCUCACUGAAUAUUUUGUUGCUGUGGAUGUGAACAACAUGCUGCAACUUUAUGCCAGUAUGUUGCAUGAGAGACGAAUCAUUAUUACCUCUAGCAAACUAAGCACUUUAACUGCUUGUGUUCAUGCGUCAGCUGCAUUGUUAUAUCCAAUGUAUUGGCAACACAUUUACAUCCCAGUGCUUCCUCCACAUCUUCUGGACUACUGCUGUGCACCAAUGCCUUAUCUAAUUGGCGUCCACUUAAGCUUAAUAGAGAGAGUAAAAAAUAGAUCGCUGGAGGAUGUGGUUUUGCUAAAUGUUGACACAAACACUCUAGAAACCCCUUUUAAUGACCUGAACAACCUACCUGGUGAAGUGGUCUCGGCCUUGAAAAGUAAACUGAAAAAGCAGUCUACAGCUACGGGUGAUGGAGUAGCCAAGGCCUUCCUUCGGGCACAGGCAGCGCUGUUUGGAUCCUACAGAGAUGCACUAAGAUACAAACCAGGAGAGCCUAUAACUUUCUGUGAGAAUAGCUUUGUGAAGCAUCGUUCCAGUACUACUAAGCAGUUCCUGGAAACUGCUGUUAAUCUUCAACUCUUUAAACAGUUUAUUGAUGGUCGACUAGCAAAAUUAAAUGCAGGAAGGGGAUUCUCUGAUGUUUUUGAAGAAGAAAUCACAUCAGGAGGCUUUUCUGGAGGAAAUUCAAGAUCUUAUCAGCAGUGGAUGCAUACAGUGAAGAAAGGUGGUGCACUGAUCAACACAGCAAUGACCAAAGCCACUCCGGCUGUGAAAACAGCAUAUAAAUUUGCAAAAAAUCAGGCAAGGCAAGGAAUAAAAGAAGUGAAGAGUAAGUUAAAACACAAGGAGAGCGAGGAUGAGUAUGGAACUUGCAGUGCUGGUGCAGGACAGACUGCUCCUGUCUACACAUUACGUUACGAGAAAAGAGCAAACUCAGAAAAACGGAGGUUGGCACAGACUCGUUUCAACCAGCAUCUCAGUAAUCAGGAUUUUGCCUUGGAUGAAGACGAUGAUGAUGAGAUGGAGAGAACAAGCAAACUAUCAUCAGAGGACAGUGAAGAAACUCCUGCUUACUUCUAUGAUAGUGAUGAUUCUGGUGAAACUGGAAUAACUCCUCAGCAUCAAGGAGAAAUGGACUUGCUUGGGGAGAUUUUGGACACACUGAGCACACACAGUUCAGAUCAAGGAAAGCUCUCGGGAGCAAAGAGCCUGGAUUUCUUCAAAUCAAUGGAUGACAUUGAGUACAAGACUGCGAACAAGUCAAAUGCACCUAGUGAGAGCAACCUUACGUUGCUCUGCAGCAGUGCUAACGAUCAAGCUGAGUGGAACCUUGGUCAGGAUGACAGCGUCCUCCAUGGGAAGCAGCUCCCUCCAUCUCCAAGGAAGCAGGUUACUUCUGGUGGCCAUAGAGAAUCUCUCUCAAGGCUGGAAGAAGAAAGCAGUGAAAAAACCUUUAUUACUGAUAAGGCGGACACCACUAGUACGACAUCCCUAUCUCCAGUACAAUCAAGUGCCCAGUUUGCUUCUCUAGAAAGUUUCAAAGCAGGAUAUUCUUCCUCUAAGUAUGCAAAGCGGAAUGAAACACUAAGCAAUACCUCAGAAGAUCAGCUCCCAACGAGUCUUGCUCAACAUCCAUCCAUUCUGGUCCCUUGGGAGAAAGAUGGGAAGGAAAGAAAUGAAACUCCGGAAGAGGGUGGGCUUCUUCAAGAAGUGGUGUCACUAUGUAAACUGAGUUCUGCUUUUCACUAUGGUUUAAAUAUUUCAAAGGAUAACUUAUCCAGCAGUAGCAGUGGAAAUAAAACGUAAGAAAGCUAUGAGAAGAGAAACUUGACUCCCAUCAGAAGUUAAAGGGAGACUACUCAGGACUCCAUAUAACUCCAUAUAACAUGGUAACCAAAAGAUGAAAAAGGAAUGAGAGAUCUUCAAUUAUAAAAAUAAUUCUCUUCAGUUGAGUAUGCAUUUUCUGCCAUUGGGACACCUGCUUCUAUGUUUACCCAGUUCAUUUGUUGGCUGUAGUUAGGUCCACAAAAUGGAACUAAAUAUAUGAAUGCACUCUUAAAUCAGGUACUAGUUAGUCUCUGUGUUAAAAAUACAGCAGGUAUAUGGUGCUUCCUAGCAUUUGCUUCCUCUAAGCAGCAGGAGAGUUAUCACAUAAUAGGUAACCAGGUUUUGAAGGUACUAUAUUAAUUCUAUUAAGCAUGAAAUGAACUGAGCGAUCUGAUUUGUCUGAAAUGUACAAUUGUUAAUAUUCAUAAUGAAUAAUAGUUGCCUUAAUCUUUUGAGAAGAGGUUUAACUAUCUUAGAAGAUGAAUGCAAAUCUACAAAACAGCAAUAAUGAUUUUCCAUGGCAAGAAUUUGCUUCAGCAAAUGGGGGGAGGGAGGAAAUCUUUUUUUUUAGAUUAAGGAACUUGUUGUGAAUAUAACUUGGAACUUAUUCCAAACUAAAACUGAGGCUCUGUCUUCCAGACUUCGAAAAAAUAGCGCAUGCUUUUCUCUCUUCUGUAAAGUACAUGAAGCGCUGAAUUAUAAUGUGACAUUUAUUAACUUCUGUUUACAACUAAGACACUUUAAAGACGUAUUAUCCGGUUUCGCUAGGUAGACUAUUUCACCUAAAAUUUUUCAGAAAGGAAAGUGUAAGUGGAAUUGAUAGAUUUCUGUUAUUUUUUAUUUUCUACAGUUUAAUAGUGUUUGAAAAUUAAUUUGUGCCUCUUCUGAACUAUUUUCUUUCCAUUUUUAGUGGCUACCCUUUUGAAGGUAGAUUGAAUUACUCUUAUUAGAAGUCAUAUUUAGUUAAAUUAUUAGAGUCAUGACUGAAAAUUACUUGUAACGCUAGAAAGCUGAAAUUACAGAUUCAGCUUAAAAUUGCGUAUAUCCAACUCUCAUUUUAGCUAAGUUGAACAACCAAAAAUUACUUUCUAAAUUCAGUGAAGGAGGAUAAAUGGACUUGAUGUGUAUUGUAUUAAAAGAAGCGUUUGUCCUCCUUUUGGCAGCAUUCCUAAGGUAUAUUUGGAUAUUUAAAGUCUGAAAAUUCUUGCUGCUACGUGGAGCAGCUGUUUCCUUUUUUACUAUUUUUGAAUUUUUUUCCCCUCUUCUUUUUCCACCUCUCCACCUUACCAUACCUACAUUGUCCUGCACAGGACAGAAAAGGCAUGAAGUUUCAGCAGAUAGGAAUUGUCAGCUUUGAAGGGUAUCUGAGCUGCAGUUGGCAGAAGUAACACAUGGGUACAAAAUGAACUGUGCCUGAGAAGAAUGCUCUCCUGCUCUUCUAAACUUAUGUUGGAAACCUUUUUUCUUUCAUUCCCUCUUUGGCAUGAAUGGUUAGUCUCAGUAUAGGUCUGAGUGAGCAUGUUCCUGAGGUCAGUAUUUGGAUCAGAUGGCACUUUAAUAGUUUAAUAUCAAUUAAUUUUUUAAUAUCAAUUGCCACAUUGAGAUUUAUGAAUUAAUUUUCCUUCUAGCUAACAAAAAUGGAAAGGGUUUUUUUGGCUGCUUUAUUACAAGGCAGCUGACCUAAGGGAAUGGAUACAUAUCAUUACAGAGGCGAUAUGUGAUGCUUUACCAAAGACCUGCAGUAGAGUGAGAUCUUGACUUUGUUAAUGCAAAAGUUGCAGCUUGUUCCAGAAUGAGAAGGGCUGGGCCAGUGAUUUUAAUUGAGGAUGAGCCUCCAGAUGUUUGGUUGUUUGUUUUUUUUUUUUUAAUCAGGUUGUAAAAGUGCAAAUCUUACAGAAAUAUCUCUGUCUGGUUAGAGCAUGAACAUUCCUGAGGGCAUCUGCAAUCUGCAUGGCUGGAGAGUCUCAGUUUUCCAAAGUUAGAGGUUGUGUGUCUAGUGGUCUGUACUCAAAAGUAUUUACCUAUCCUUUGGUUUCCUCUUAUGUAUCAACAUGGUAUGCUGUGGACUUUUUUUUUUUUUUAUAACAUAAAAAGGUUAUUUGGCAAAAUAUUUUGCACUAUUAAAAAUCAAAAGUAUCAUAAAAAUUAUUUAAAAUCUCCACUCUGAACUUUCCAGGUGGGUCAGACCAGGUGGCUCAGGUGCUGCUCAGAUAAAAAAGCUGCAGAGCAGCCUCAUGAGAGAGCAUUCUUCUUUGCUGGCACUAAACAUUACCAAACUAUAGAGCUACUGAGUGUGUCUAAGAGAAGAUGGGCAACACAAAGGUCUGUGCUGUUGUAGCACUUCUCAUUCGUACUUUUUCAUGGCCUUGCAUUUUGUUGACGAGGAUUUCAAGAUUCAUCUUUUCCUCUGCAUCUGACAUGGUGUUUCUCUCCAUAAUUCCAUCGAAGAUGAUGCUUUGUUUUCUUCAUUAAUUAAAGAUAAUAAACAGUAUUAAUGUCUUAAGGAGGAAAAUAAAAAAAAAUAUCAGAAAUUAUGGCCAUCAUUACUUUCAAAACCAUUGAAGACAUAAGUCCAGGAAUGCUGCCAGAAAAUGGUUUUCAGAAAUGCCUCUCUGACAGAAGAAAUCUUACUGGCUUUACAUGAGAGUUAGGCACUGAACUUCUAUCAUAACACAAAUGGUCCCAUUCUCACCUUCGUGGAAAAAAUAUGGAAGCCUUGUGAGGUUAUUAUAAGGAUUAUAAAAUGGAAAGUUUAAUAGUAGAAUCUUUCAAAGUGGAGGCAUUGUAAUAAUAAUUCACUCUUUAGUUGAGUAAAAAUGCAGGUUGAAAAGAAGUAAACAGAUGAACUAAAAGAUGAAAGGUAAAAUUCAACUUAGAAUUAUUUUUAUUUCAGUCAAAAUGUUAGUUGCUGUGCUUAUGCCACAUUGUUUCCUUACUAUUUAUAAAGCCCAUAUAGUGUUUACAAUCAUUAAAUAGUAUGUCUUUUUUGAUUUUGAACUUUGUAUGGGUUCAAAAAUAACUUAGUCAUAUAUCUAUGUUGAAUUUAACUGUAGGUACAUUUUUAUCUCUUUAAUAUUACAGAAUCUUCUCCACUUACUAUCAGUGAUCUUUUAAAAAGGCUAAUAUUUGUGCCUUAUUUAAACAGAAUUACCAGUUACCAAAUAGAUAGGAGUCCAAACUGAUAUUUCCAGUUCAACACUGUUCUCUGUCCUUGUGAAAAUAUAAAGCUAUUGGCUACAUAUAUGGUAUUUUUAUUACCACACUGGGUUCUAUAUUAAGAUAAAUUGUCCAGGUCCAGUACUUUUUGCAAGUUUUAUACUUGUAUGCUUUUUAUUUGUGGAAAUCCUUCUAAUGUCUUUGAAAAUCAUUGAUGUUCAUCACCAGCUACGGUGAGAACUGAAUUCUCCUAGGUCAGAGCUCCUGUGGUCUUCUUCAGAGGCUUCUCUUCUUCAGGAUCUCAAGAAUCUUUCCAUUUCUCCUGUUUAAGGGAGAUAUCAGGUUAUUUGAUUAAGCUUUGUAAUCUGUUACUUACGCAUAGGAACAAAUUUCUGAUGUCGAAAGUCAAACUAGGACUUGAAUUUAAUAUUUUUGAGUUUAUUUUGCAUAGAUGUCUGCCUGAAAUGAGCCGUAUCAGUCAUCUGGUUUGGGAGGAAAAGGUUAAGGGCAGCAGAAAAAGAAAGGGUUUCCCGGGUUAUUCUGGUGGGGGGUGAUGAAGCAGAGCCUGGGAGUCCUCAGGAGGAAUAAAAACUGAGGAAAUCCAGAUUUCAGGAUACUAUUUAAUGUUCUAGCUCAAUUGUAGUGAUUCCAACCCAGCCAUGUAGGCAAAAGUAAUGUUGCCUAUGGAAUUAAUCCCCUGUGGGAUUUUCAGAAUGGAUAAUAUGUUGUCAAAGCCUUCCUGUCUGUGUGUAUAGAGAUGCAACAUGUGAAAAACCGUGCAGAUAUUCAGGGAAGGACAGUCCUGUGGAUGCAAAGGUGAUCCCUACCACCCCUCUAUGCAUGCAGAGGGCAGUCUGUGUAGAGUAGACAGUGGAUUGCUCAUCCAUCCCACGUGUUUGGGCAUCAUGUAGCUCUGAAAAAUAGACUUGCUCUGAGGGAAAAAUGUAGUUGUAGAAGUUUCCAUAGAACUUGUUGACUGAACCCUUCAUUGUCAUUUAGCAUUUCAGUGGUAACUGCUGCUGUUUGGGUGGGGUCAUCAGAAGCUCUCAGCGCAGGCUGAAGUCCCCUCUCAGGCAUUGUAACACAGACUUCAGCUGGAGUUUUAGACACGUGCUGGGGGCUUUCGAAAAUCCCACCCAAUCUAUUAGAGGAGUGUUUUAGAUCUCAGAAAUCUGUUUUAGAUGUCUUUUCGGGUUUUAGAAUGAGCUAGUUUACAACCUUGUGUUCUUGUAAACGAUGUAAAGUCUAGGCAAAAGAACAGUUAAGCCAGGUUUUUAAAACAGCGUCUAUUUCUCCACCUACAAUCAGUCAUAUUCAGUCCCACUGAACAAUCUCUCUUUGGUGCAGCUGUCUGAUGGAAUUGCUAGGAGCAUCUAAAAUCUUUUCUCUAUGCAUGUAAUUAAUUGAAGAAACAUUUCAUGCAAUAAUAAACGAAGUGCCAGCAUGAGGCCCUUUUGGGAACGCGCCCCCUGUGUAACACUGACUGUGGUACCCUGGCCUGCAGAAAGGAGCCCCGUAGCCCCUGACCUCCCUGACUCUGCAGGGACAGGUCAAGAGUGGUCUUUAUUUCCAAGGGAGUUAGCAGCAUCGCUCUUGGUACCAGACUCUAGUCCAGGUGCUGUGAGACUCCAGCCAGCGUUUUCCCAACAGCCUGAAAUUUCAGGCUAAACAAAUGUGGCUAAUAAAAUGAUGCCUGAGGCGAGCAGCUUCCUUAUUGCAAAGCUCAGGAUGGUGAAGGCUGUCUGUUCCCAUGGUAUCGUCCUAAAUCUGUGGAGAAUGAAUGUAGAAAUAAAUGCACCAGCAAAACCAGUAUGAAUGGUGAUGUGAUUUGUCUUCAGUGACUUCUUUGCUGCUAUUAGAUGUGUAUGUCUUUGCCAAGUGUUGUUUACCUGUUAACAGAAGCUGGGCUGAAUAGAAUAUGUCCUGAACUUCACCCCAAGGGCAUGGACCACAGCUGGCCUGGAGUUCAUGAUCUUCAGGGUGGUUGAAAAUAAAGGAAUGGAAAAGGGAUGGUAUGUGGUUUUGUGCAAAACCUUCCUUGAUUUGCUUUGUAACGUCUUUUUUUACAAUUUUAGUUCAGUUGCCAAUUGAAAGUACUUGAUAGGUCUUUCCUGGAAGCUGCUAGACCUCUAUUCUAAGUAGAGUUUCCUGAUGAGUCCACAGCCACCUUAGUCUAGAGAGCUAUCCACUAUCUGUGUAGUUGGCAGGGCCGUUGCCAUUUUCCGCUGACUCAGAGUACGAAGCAGGUAACACAGUUGGAAGUUACUCCAAGGUUUACUGUACUAAGGGGUACUCAAAUUAACUUGUACUAUUACUUAGGUCAAUACUAAUGACAUUUGCAUUUAGAGUCCAGUAACAGUAUUAGCAUUUGAAAAAUAAGUUGAGUUCAAGUAUGUUGACAAUUGUUAUGAUUCUGUGUGAAUUAACAUUCUGUUUCUGUUAAAAAUAAGGGAGCUACUUGGUUGUGUGGGGGAAAUGUGUUGACUUUCAAAUCUUCAGUGAAUUUUGUGCAAUAUUUCUCCUUGUUUCAAAGUAAUUUAGUAGUGCACGUCUGCUUUUCAAGCAGAUUCUUGAAAUGGUAUUUUUCAAAAAAUGUGUAAAAUUACAUGAAGCUUUGAAAUAUGGUUGUAUGAUAAAAACAUGAAGAAUAUAUUCUAAUGAGGCAAAUGUAUAUUUCCAAUGACUGGCAAUGAUUACGGAUGUCACAUUCUGUGGAAAUAAUAAGACCUAAGCCAACAUUUGCAUAGCAGUAGUUCCGUGUAAUUUUUAAAGCUGUAACCCCAUUAAAUUGAAGUAAGGUUAAAUAUUAGAAUUUAUGGUGUUUAGUUUAUCAUUCAAUCAUUUGUUUAUCAUUGAUAAAAAGAUGAGGAGUUAAGCAUUGCUUUUCAGUGCGACCAGUGAGGUGAGAGUUCAUGGUGAUGACGAUAUGUAUUAAGAAUUUAGCUUGUGACAUCCCUAAUUAUCAGAAGUCAUUACUUUAAAAUAUCUACUAAUGUUGCCAGUAUCCUUUUAAUUUUUUGUAAAUUAAUUCCUUUGUAUAUUGAUGUACAUUUUGUUCUAACCUUUGCUUUUCCCUUAAGACCUUCUUUAAAAUAAUAUACUUGAAUGAGGCAAUAAAGCACUGUGGAAUGGCUACUCUUGGUGCAGUUUACGCACAAGCACAUCCCGUCUGUUACUUUAUGGUUUUUGAGGAAGAAGAGAAAUUUAAAAUGUUUAUAUGUUUAGCCAACUGACAAUUCGUGUUUGUUAUUUUUAUAUUUGUGUCAGAUACAAUGAGAAAUGCCUUAACAUGGAACAAAGCAACAUUACCUAUCCUAAUGCUUCUAAUGGUUUUUUUUCAGAAUGUUUUUUUUAGUGACCUUUGAAAACCAUUCCUGAUAAAGUCAUUGGAGUGAGCCUUUAAUACUUAUAGAAAAGGCAUAAAGUACAGCAUGUUUUGAGGUUUUUUUAAUCAUUUUAUUAAUUUUGGAGAUUUAAAAAAAAACCCAAAACAACGCAACAACCAACCAGCAUUGUCCUAACAGUUUAAAGAAUUUAGUUAGUUGCUGACCUUUAAUAAAUAUUAGAACCAAAUCUAAGAAUUUACUCCAUGCUUUUGCACCCUCUGGACUACUGUUCAAAGUCAUCUCAAGAACUGUAAUUCAGACCUUAGACUACUGUCAGUAGUGCACUGUGUAGAUGUAGUAAAUGAGCUGUGAUGUGUGGUGUGUCUUGUUGGUUUGUUUUUUUUUUUCUUUCAAGUUUGUGGCGUCAGUAGAAGUUCUUGGUGAACUCCACAUUACCAUAAAGUGCCCAACACUGUAUUAUAAAAUAAAACUUAACAAUAUCAAAA